AUGUGUCUGGAGCAUUGGGACGGCCGCAGGAGGAGCAGACGGCCGGCCUCAGGUGUGGGUGCGGAGAGCCGGCGGUGCAGCAACGUUCUGUCUGAUAUGGAGCUUGUGGCCCAAUCUAUUAUCUUUAUUUUUGCUGGAUAUGAGUCCACAAGCAGUGUUCUUUCCUUCCUUAUGUAUUUAUUGGCCACUCACCCUGAUGUCCAGCAGAAACUGCAAGAGGAGAUUGAUGCAACUUUCCCAGAUAAGACGCUCCCUUCCUACGAUGCCCUGGUGCAGAUGGAGUACCUAGACAUGGUGGUGAAUGAAUCUCUCAGAUUAUUCCCAGUUGCUGGUAGACUUGAGCAACUCUGUAAGAAAGAUGUGGAGAUCAAAGGGGUGCUCAUUCCCAAGGGGACAGUGGUGAUGGUGCCCAUCUUUGUUCUUCAUCAAGACCCAGAGCUCCGGCCAGAACCUGAGUUCCGCCCAGAAAGGUUCAGUAAGAAGAACAAGGACAGCAUAAAUCCGUACACAUACCUGCCUUUUGGAAGUGGACCCCGAAACUGCAUCGGCAUGAGGUUCGCUCUCCUGAACAUGAAACUUGCUAGUCGAGUCCUGCAGAACUUCUCCUUCAAACCUUGUAAACAAACACAGAUCCCCUUGAAAUUAAGCAAUCAAGGAUUCAUUGGACUGCAAAAACCCAUUGUUCUAAAGGUUGAGUCGAGAGAUGGAACCUUGAGCGGCACUUGACUUUCCAUAAAGAUCCCGCUUUGUUCUUCCGGAAGCUGGAUCCCACACCACCAGAGACCUCAGCUGAGUCUGUGAGUAAACCCAGGAAUGAAGAGGAUGUUAAUGUAGUGCACGUGAUGAGUAGGGCUUCCGAGUGUUCAUUUCACUUUCCAGUGUCCCAGUGGAGUAUUAUAUAUCCUGGUAACAUGCAGGAGGACACUUAUGAGCGCCAGCUUACCUGGUUCUCUGGACUCUCUCUGUCCACCCCAAGUGAGCACCUUCUGCUCCUCCUGAGAUCUGAUCAAAAUGAAAUUUCUCAACAAUUUCAUCAACCAUCUCUAAUGAAAACAAGAAUGAUUGCAGUGACAAUUAUAACACGCCAAUUUCUAUAUUAGGUAUUACAUUGAUCAAGUCAAUAAACAUCUCUUUACAAAGUA